ACUACACAGAACCAUAAAGAUGGUAUAUUUGGUGAAGAGUUUAGAAAGAAAGUUAGGGAGAUAGAAGGAAGAGAACCUAUUGUACAUGACCUUGCAAACGAAAGUUUGCAAAAUGUCAUAAAAACUUACUUUGCAGACAAUGAACUGAUAAGGGAUGAAUAUUUAAGAAAACUCAAAUGGACAGUACCAAAUGAAAUGUUAGUAUUGAAAAACAUGUUCCUUGACAAAAUAAAACCAACUACAGAAAUAAAUGACGCAAGACUGAAACAUUGGGUAAAAGCUUUCCCAUUCACAAAAGAUAUUAUUGGUAACAUGGAAAGAAAACCAGAAUGGCUACAAAAACAUAUAUUUGGAAACGAGCAUAUUCCAUAUGGACAAGCUAUAUUUGAAGAGCUUGAACCGGAAACUCAGGAAAGAGUCAUGCAAACAAUAAGCGAAGACUCAAAUACAAACUAUGACAAAAUCUUUCUAGGAUAUAGGUUACCUGAGAUGGGCGACCAGAGCCCAAAGGCAAAAAGGACAUGGAAAAUUUACAACAUACUAGGUGAACAUGAGGCAAAGAUGCAACAACUUGAAGCAGAGGGCAAGUUACCAAAAGCGACACCAAAGAAGAAGAGUAGAACAAAGUGA